AUGGGUAAUCCCAAGAAAAUAGGAACUUAUGAUGUCAUAAAAACAAUUGGACGUGGAUCAUUUGGAAUUGUUACAGCAGUUAAAAAUGAACAAGGGGAAAUAUUUGUUGUUAAGCAGCUAGACAUAUCAUGCAUGAAUUAUAAGGAAAAGAUGAAUGUAAUAAGCGAGUUAAAGGCUCUAAUUGAAGUAUCAACACAUCCAUUUAUUGUCAAAUAUAAAGAGGCAUUUAUUGAAGACGGAACUUUAUGUGUCGCUAUGGAUUAUUGUUCAAAGGGAGAUUUGAAAAGAUAUAUAAAAAGGGCAAAAGAAAUGAAGACAAUUAUUCCUGAAAAUAAAAUUAGAAGAUGGUUGUUACAGAUAAUUACAGCAAUAAAAUUUAUACACGACAAAAAGCUUAUCCAUCGAGAUUUAAAAUGUAAUAAUAUAUUUUUGGAUGAAAAUGAAAAAGCUAAGAUUGGAGAUUUUGGGUUAGCAAAGCUUUUAGAAAAAACAGAUCAAACAAACACACUAUGUGGGACUAUUGGUUAUAUGGCCCCAGAAGUUUGCAAAAACAUACCAUAUAGCUACGCAGCAGAUAUAUGGUCUAUAGGAGUAAUCCUAUAUGAGCUUAUUGCAUUAAGACAUCCAUUCAAAUCAAAAAAUGGAAAUAUGCUUUCAAUUGUUCAGAAGGUUUGCGAAGAGCAGCCGGAUCCACUUCCAAAUAUUUAUUCCAAGGAUUUGCGAAAUUUGUGUUACUGGAUGAUGGCCAAAUGUUCUGAAAAAAGACCAACAGUCUAUGAUAUUAUUGGGACUGAAUAUUUUCAGGAUGAAGUAAAUUUAUUGAAAAAUGAAAUUAUCCAAGGAAAAAAAAAGUAA